AUGGCCCCGGUGCGAGAACCCGACAGCUUCGACCCCGACAACCAGCGAUUCUUGAGAAACAUCCAGCAGCGUGGCCGGCAGGUGAUGAUUAACGAGAGUCUUUCUCGCGCGCAAAGAGAUUUUGAUACAUUCUUGGAAGAGAAGGUGGACAUGGACUGGGAAGAGCAGCGUCAAAAGAUUUUCCAACACUUUGGGCUCUCGCAGAAAGAUGCGUCCACUGCUGGUGAUCUGAAAUCGACCAUGCGCGGUGCCUUUGGCCGAUCUGCGAGACAAUCCAAGCCAGCGGGAGGCCCCUCGGCUGCAUCCCGCAGAAGUGUGUUUGGCCGUUCUGGUCUGGAUAAAUCUGUCAUCGGGACACCCGGGACCGGCCUUGCCAGUCGCCAGCUUUUCGAAGACCCCGCCGAACGAGGCGAAGGACUUGCGACUUCCUCACCGGAUCUCCGUUUCUUGCGGGAGAAGAUGGGUCACUAUGCCGAGAAGGUUCAAGAUUUGAACCUCUCCCGGCUUCAGGGCAAAACGUAUCCCAUCCUGCACCACUUUUCGGAAGUUGAAAUGCAUGCCGGCGGCGAUGUUCCUCAACAGCUACUGGCUGCAUACCGCGCUUUGACAACCAUCAUCAAGGAAAAUCCCAGCAUCACUGACAAGACCGAGCCCGGUGCUGUGAGAGAACGGCAGUUUGCGGCUGACUACCUAGAGGAGUCAGUCAAGUCCUACAACUCUGUCAACCUGAAGAACAAGAUCCUCGAGGGUUCAAGAACUUUCUUGGAGAAGACGUUUUUCAGCGAGGUGGAGAACGCCAUUGCUAAAAACCCACGAGAAGCCCAAUUGGGCGGCAUCCCGAGUACUAUCAACAAGAUUCGGGCAUACAUUCGCCUCCGCGCCGCGAGGAAAGACUUGGCCCCCGAUGGAACCGAACUUCAGAUGGUUAAUGGCGACUAUUGUUGGAUUUUGAUCUUCUACCUGCUUCGUUGUGGAUUUGUUCAGGAGGCGGCCACCUAUGCGACCAAUGAUCCUGGGUUCCGGUCACUGGAUCAGAAGUUCGUGACAUAUUUGACAACCUAUGUGCAGGAUAAACGUCUUCAGCGGGACUUGCAGCAGAGAAUCAAUGGCGAGUACCAGCAACGACUGCGAAACGCGCCAGAGGGCACAGUCGACCCUUAUCGUAUGGCUUGCUACAAGAUUAUUGGCCGCUGUGACCUGUCCCGACGUCGUCUGGAAGGUAUUAACCAAAGUGUUGAGGAUUGGAUGUGGCUACAGUUCAGUCUCGCUCGGGAAGAUGACCGUGCUGAGGAGGUCGCGGGUGACGUCUUUGGUCUGGAGGAUAUCCAGACGGAUAUUGCUGAGAUUGGACAGAGAGUUUUCACCAAGGGCCAGGGCCAGGAUGCCCCCGGUGGCUAUGGAACUUUCUUCCUCCUUCAGAUUCUGGGUGGCAUGUUCGAACAGGCUGUGGCUUAUCUCGGCACCUAUGCUCCCGUGACUGCUGUUCACUUUGCUAUCGCGUUGGCUUAUUAUGGCCUGCUGCGUGUUUCUGACUUUUACACUUCUGGAGAAGAGAUCCUGUCGUUCACGGUGAAGCAAUACCCCCAGAUCAACUUUGGAUAUCUCAUCACCCAGUACACGCGGGAAUUCCGAACCGGUUACGUUGAAGCUGCCAUUGAUUAUUUCACCCUGAUCUGCUUGAAUGCAGACCUCGGGGGCGCUCUUGGCAAGUCUCAGUCGUCGGUUUGCCAUGAAGCUCUCCGUGAGUUCAUUCUUGAGACCAGAGACUUUGCCAAGUUGCUGGGAGAUAUUCGCGAUGACGGCACCCGAAUCAAGGGUAUUAUUGAGCAGCGCCUUGAUUUGAUCAACCUCGCCGAUCAGGAGGAUUUCCUGAAGAACAUCACCAUCCAAGCUGCUGGCGUGGCAGAUGACAAGGGUCUGAUCACCGACGCAGUGCUUUUGUAUCACUUGGCAGAGAAUUAUGACCGUGUCAUUGAUAUCAUCAACCGUGCUCUGUCAGAUGCGAUCGCGAUCGAGCUGGGAGGAACCAUGCCCAAGUUGCAGCCCCUCCGCCCACGACUUCAAGAGGGCCAGCCAGGCCCCAUCGACCCGGGCAGCAGCCUCAGCUUGACAUCUGUUGACGACCCGGUCGAGCUUGGCAAGACCAUGAUCAGCCUCUACGAUGGGAAGCCGAUGUACUAUGAACAGAUCCGUCCCAUCAACCGGGAUUCCUGUGGCCUUCUUCUUCGUAUGUUGACGGCCAAGCAUGAAGUUGAGGCCGGACGAUGGGCCCCCGCACUCGAUGCUAUCAACGCAUUGGGCAUCCUUCCUCUGCAGGCCCAGGGUGUCAUGCAAAAGGUCCGCAGCGCAGCGCAGGCUUUCUCAUCUUUGCCGGAGAUCAUUUCUCGCAACAUUGGACAUGUUAUCAUGUGGAGCAUUGCGUGUAUCGGAAACGAACGUCGCCGGCAGACGAGCGGUCCGUACGAGACCGAUAUGCACCAAGGCUUUGCGGACCAAUUGUUGGUUAUGGCUAAGGAUUUGAUGAUCUUCUCUGGUAUGGUGAAGUACAAGCUGCCUCCCAAGGUUUACGAGGCUCUUGCUCGUGCUGGGGCGGAUAUUGGCGCGUACUAG